AUUUGUGUAUGCAAUUUGACGUUUAAUAUUUAGACGUUUCUUAAUAGUGUAAAUUAUUUUUUAAGAGAGGGGACACUUUUAUUGUGAAAAAUAAAGGCGGAAGUGGUGGUCCUCUGCUGUCAAGAAGGAAAAACAAUAUCAUUUCAUACUCGUUGCUAGACAAAGAUGGCAUCAAGCAGUGCAAGCAGCGAGGAGGAGCGGGGCCUCAGAGAGUGUGAGCAGUAUGUUCAGAAACACAACAUCCAGCAACUGCUCAAGAACUGCAUCAUCCAGCUGUGCACAGCCCAGCCUGAGCGGCCCAUGGCCUUUCUCAGAGACUAUUUCGAAAGACUGGAAAAGCAGGAAGAGGUCCAGCAGAUGGCUUCGCAUCGUAAAUCUAGCUCGCGGUCAGACUCCCGUGAGGAUGAAGUUUCUCCACCCAUAAACCCUGUGAUGACGGGUCGAAGCCGGAGAGGAGCCAUCAGUGCUGAGGUGUACACUGAGGAAGAUGCUGCCUCCUAUGUUAGAAAGGUCAUCCCAAAAGACUACAAAACCAUGGCUGCCCUGGCCAAAGCCAUGGAGAAGAAUGUGCUGUUUGCCCACUUGGAUGACAAUGAGAGAAGUGACAUUUUUGAUGCCAUGUUUUCUGUCAACUACAUUGCCGGAGAAACAGUCAUUCAACAAGGUGAUGAGGGAGACAACUUCUAUGUUAUUGACCAGGGCGAGAUGGAUGUAUAUGUAAACAAUGAAUGGGUGACCAGCAUUGGUGAGGGAGGCAGUUUUGGGGAGCUGGCUCUGAUCUAUGGGACCCCUCGUGCAGCUACAGUCCGAGCCAAGUCCAAUGUCAAGCUGUGGGGCAUCGACAGAGACAGCUACAGGAGAAUAUUGAUGGGAAGCACUUUGAGAAAGCGCAAGAUGUAUGAGGAAUUCCUCAGCAAGGUGUCCAUUUUAGAGUCUCUGGAUAAGUGGGAGCGUCUGACGGUGGCAGAUGCUUUGGAGACUGUACAGUUUGAGGACGGCCAGAAAAUUGUGGUGCAGGGAGAGCCUGGUGAUGAGUUCUUCAUCAUCCUGGAGGGGACAGCAGCGGUGCUGCAGAGGCGGUCAGAGGACGAGGAAUUUGUGGAGGUCGGCAGACUUGGACCUUCAGAUUACUUUGGUGAGAUCGCCCUGCUGAUGAACCGGCCCCGUGCUGCCACUGUUAUUGCAUGUGGACCCCUCAAGUGUGUCAAACUGGACCGGCCGCGGUUCGAACGAGUCCUUGGUCCUUGCUCCGACAUCCUUAAGAGAAAUAUUGAGCAGUACAACAGCUUUGUUUCUCUCUCUGUUUGAGCUUAUCAGCCCUCACACCCCCCUUUCAUCCACUGCAGAAUUCACCAUCGCACCUCUGCUUAAGUUUGCUACUUCUAAUCUCUCUUACAUGUUACCACACCCACAACUCCAAACAAGAUGACUUCAACACAUCUGUUACUCUUUUUAUUUGUUUCAUAUUUUUUUAAUGUACUCAGUAGAUGUGACUGCCUGUGAAGGUUUUGAGCCUCACCUGAAGCUGUGAUCCCUAAAUCCAGAAGGUGUUUCACGCACACUUUGAAAGUGUCACUAAAAUUAAAUAAUGCCUUAUGCAUGACUGACUCUGCCUUCACACUAGGUCGGUUUCCAGCCACCUAUUUUUUAUUCACAUUUUCAACAAUUGCGAAAAGAAACUUGAAUGGAAAUGCCAGAAAUUCGAAAAAGGGCCGAAAUAUCGGAAAAAAGUUUUCACGCUUGGAGGGGGUGGAAAAGUCAGCGUAUCGAUAUUAGGAAAAUGCGACUUUUGGCAAUGGAAACAGAUUUAGCGAAUAAACAAUGACGUAGGCUACCGAAUCCUACUUCUACUUAACACACACACCUGUGUGAACUUAGAGAGAGGUAAUUACUCCAGUGUCAGGUGAGUGUAGGCUAUUUCAUAGCUUACCUGAGUAGACUGGAUGUGUUGAAUACCGCUGCAUCAUGUGCUCUGCCUGGUGUACCAACACAGACAUCACGGCAUUAUGUAGGCUACGCUGACAACGCUGACAUGAGUGUGAUGAGAGCUCUCGCAAUAGCCAAGAAGUUCCCAAGGAAUCUCUCCAUCUCGCCGUAGUCAUGGAUGUGCGGGUAAUUGUUUACAUCAGUUGUGGACAUGAGACGCUCUCAAUGACGUCAUCUCACGGCGCCCUCUUCUUCUACGGGUGUUCUUUUGCAUUUUAUUUUUCAUGAGAAGUGCCACCUUCUGCUCGACCUGUUGACUCCCAAUACUCAUAAAACAAUAAUGAAUGGAAACGUGCAUAAAUUCGCAUUUUCUUUUGCGCAUUUUCACAAAAUUUGCUUAAAAUUUGCGAUACAUUUGGAUGGAAACCCAGCUACUGAUUCACUGUGAAUUCAGAGAUCAGUUACAAUAAGAGCUUAUCAAAACAUUUAAAGAUAGUGUCAAAACAAGACUAUAUUUAUAGAACACAUUUGAGAACAUGCUGAUAAAUGUUGAAAAUGUUAAGAUCAUUAAAAUGGGAACAUUUAUAUAAAAUACUCAGAUGGAUUAAAGUAAUAUAGACAAAAUCUAAAGCAUUAUGCCAUCACAGUGAAAUGUUUGGAGAUGAAAUAGCUGAUGCAAAAAAAAAGAGCCAAAUUGGGAUGGGAUAUGAAAGUGCAUGGAAAUAGAGAUAAUGUAAGCCAAAGGAAUACACCAACUCCCAAGAUAACCAUUUGUGUUUUUUGGUGGUGAAGUAUUCCAUUCCAAUGUUCCACUGUUUGAAGGGGUAACAGUUAAUAAUAACCAACCCAAAAUGUAGUCAUAUUAUCAUUUUUGCAGUACGAAGUCACAAAUGUUGACAGUGUGAAUGCACAGUUAGUAGCUUAAGCCCUGUUUACACCAAACCCUUUCGGUAUAGUACCUUCGGAACCAAAACUAACCCUUUAGACAUGAUACCUAGACCCUCGGUCUGUUUAGUGUUUCUACCGCAAACAGUCCUCUUAACUGUGGGUGGGGUUGUUGUCACUCAAUGCUUCGUCCAGUACUUGCUGUAUUUCCUGUAUUUUCACUGAUGACACAGAUGGAAGUCUGCACAUCGUUUAUCCUCCAUAGAACAGGGUUGCACGCCAACAUUUUCAGAACAAAAUAGAACAGGUUGGAGUGAGAGUCCUUCCCAGGCAAAUGUAGGGGUUUUGUAUUGCAAUAGCCCACAGGAACGACGCUCUGCAACGGCUUUUUUUUUUUUCUCUAAAUGAGGACUAGAAUUUAUGCAGUUCACAUAAUCCGGUCAAAAUUAAUAUAUAUUUUUAAACGCUUGAUGAUCCACUCAUUCCUAUAAGUGUAUGUCAGUAAAAACCAAUGGAAUGGUCAUAUUAUAAAUUAAGGUGUGCUGAUGGAUUCACGUCAUCAACUCAUGCAUUGAGUAACAUUACAAGUUAACGUUCCACCUUAAAAGUUGCCGACAGUCGGCCCAGUGAAUGAAGUUAUUUUUUUCUCAGACCACAGCUGCUUUGAGAGGCAGCAAAACAUCCUUUCAUUUUAUAGUCACAGUUUACUAAUAAAACUCUCCACAGUAUGAACAGUGGUUACAUAGCCUCAAAACCUGACACAGCUCAGCCCUGAGCAGAGCGACCAUCCUCUACUGACCAAUCAGACUGCAGUGUUCACAGCUCCACCUUUUAGUACCAGAUCUGUGUGCUAGGUACACCAAAAGAGGGGGGACCAAACAUGGGGACGGUAAGGAACGAUUUCAUCAGUAUCAUCCAAAACUUUUCACAUUGGAAACAAAAAAUGCAUACUGAAAUGAACUAACUGUACCAGACUGCUUGUUAGAAAUGGGGCGUUUGUUUGCUCUGGGAUCUUCAGUGUUCACAGAGAUGCUGAACAAAUAGUUUCAUGUUGACUGAGCAGGCUUUGUUUUUGACAAAGUACGCCAAAAGCUUUAUCUUUUUUUUUUUUUUUGCUGCUGCUGUUUUUGUUGUUAUGUUUUUACCAUGCUAGCUGUGAGGGGUUAGAGAUGGCAGUGUUGGUCCGUUGGUCCACCGCUGUGGUGUGGACUGAAAUAUCUCAGCAAAUUAUAGAUUAUCUAUUCAUGCCCCCCUCAGGAUGACUCCUAAUACCUUUGGUGAUCUGCUGACAUUAUUUUUUGCACUAUGAGGUUAAAAUUUUGAAGAUGAAUGACAUUCCUAUCAUCCUCAGCUGUACUUGCUAAUUAGCAAAUGCUAGCCUGCUAGCACAUUAAACCAAGAUGGUAUAAAUUUGCUAAACAAGUUACCACUGACAUUGUUAGUGUUAACUUGCUGGUAUUAACAUUUAGCUCAAAGCACCACUAUGUCAAAGUACAGCCUGCCAGCUGGUAUGGGUGUAUUCUUGUUUUAAUUUAGUUUUAGUUUUUGUUGUGUUGGUAUACCUUGUAGUCACACUUUUCUUAAAGGAUUGUCUUGCCCUUAAGCCAUAGUGGCAGCCCAGAAAUUACAUGGGAAAAAAUAGGACAGCCUGCAGGACAGGAUCAUGUGCAGCACAGGCGUGACAUUUCAACAAUGUAUUAUGCGUGCAGCAUACAUUGUCGCUGAUAGCAGUUAGCAGUGUACUCAAAGAACAAGAACAGCAGCUGAAAUGAUCAAACAAUGACAAUGAGAUCAGCCGCCAUAUAAAAGGGACGGUAAAUGAUUAUUUCCAUGUUAAUGCUAUUAUUAUUGUUAUUGCAAAAAUGCAAAGGUGGCAUAAAGAAAGGGACUAUAGUGCAGCAGCUCUACAGUGUUAUCUUGGUUUAAACAGGGCUAACCUUUGACAGGAGCACCACCAUCAGCCAUACACCUACAGUAUGGAGCAUGUUUUUACCCUGGAGGAGAAAUAAGAAGUAAAACAAAAAUUUUGAAAAAAAAAAAAAAAGAAGAAGAAGAACAAUUAACUUCCAGUUUAAAUUGGGCUUUUAUUUUUAUUUCCCAUUUUCUGUUAUAUGAGUUUGUUUUCUCUGUACCCAACGCAUUAUUUUAACUUUCUAUUUAAACAGUUCAGGUUCUCAGGUAGUUUUAAGAUUGCUUUUUAAACAUGAUAUCAUUUUUGUAAUUUUUAAAAACAUAAUUAAUGAAUAAUUACAUUUUCAGUAACACUUGCUCUUUCUGUACAUUCAAACCAGAAGCUUCCAAAGAGGAAAAGUUUGUCGCGGCCGCUCAAGAAGCACAACUGUCAAUAUUUGUGGCAGCUUUGGUUGCUCUGGUCGCUCAUCAUGUGAGUCACUGAACGUUCGAUCGUGCUUGUCAAUUUAAAGGAGCCGCAUGGCGGACUACUGGCUUGAAAGCAGCGUAGUUUCUGCUUGCUGUUGGCCAGUCAAAAAGCUCAUAGUUGGCCAGCACAAAGUUAUGUUUGGUCAUGAAAACAGAAAAUGUAUGUCAUCCCAUUCAAACCAAGCAAGGAAGACUUGCAUGCUACGUCUCAACAUUAGCCUGUAAUUCUCUCCUCUGUUAUUAACAUUACACACUUGAAAAACUCAUCAGACCAACCAAAGCUCCCAAAACACUGGAUCCUACAUUUACCAUAAUGCAACUCAGUAUCAUCUUUUGUUUGAACCUUCUGUGCCUGGUAAAUACCCACAGCUUUUAAUACUCUCUCAGGAAUAUUAACAUGUUUUCCUACAGAACCCUUAAUGAAAGACACCAGAAUUAACAAAUGGUAAUGUCUUCUUAACUGAAGCUGUCGUAUGUUUGCCUAGAAUGUAAACUGUCUAAAACUUUACUUGAAUCAGAAACUGUCUGCUCAUUGAGUAAGUAAAUAAGAUUUUCAGGUCUUGAUACAAACUCUGGAUACUUUAAGGCCCAGACACACCAAACUGACAGCAAAGAACUAGCAGCAAUGUAAGCAGACUGUUGUGUUACCUCACGUUGCCAUGUCUUGGCCAAAAAGUUGCACAUGAACACACCUCAGAGACUACAGCUGAUGGUCAACCAGCACGUACGUUGUGCCUGCAUGAGAAGAUAUAACUCUCCACACCAGCAGACAGCAGUAGAAUAUAUUUGUCAUUAAAAAAAAGGAAAAGAGGAAGACCAUCUUGAUGCUAGUUAGCCAGUUAGCACAUUAACAACAAUUUAAUUUUGAAAGAACAGAGCAUAUUUACUGUGCGCCAGUGAACAAUAAUACAGCUAAAGAAAAAUAAUCUUACCUUAAGCCCAGGAAAUGACCAGAGUGAAAGAAUUGUGGUGAUAUCUUUGGUCAUAGCUCUACAAUAGUGGUCCACAGUGAUAGAGGUUCAAGGAUGGACAUUAUCAUGGUCUUGUGAUCAAAGACAGCCUGAGAUAAAAUUCUGACAGUGUCAUAAAUUUGGGAAGACCAUCUCACAGUAUGACUGCUGUUACCAACCAACAGAAAUGCAGCGUGAAAUGACGCACUGAUCAGUAUGACAAUGCUAAAUGCCAGUAGAUACAAUAAAUACACUUUGAGCUUUCGGUCACCACCCAAAGCUCUACCCAAAGCUGACCUAUGACCUAUGGCUGAAAUAAGACUUAUCCAUGGGGUGGCUGGGCUCAGCCUUAGAGACAGGGUGAAGACCUCAGACAUCUAGAGCGAGGUCAAAAUAGAGCUGCUGCUCCAUCAUAUUGAAAACAGUCAGUUGAGGUGGUUCAGACAUCUGAUCAGGAUGCCUCCCGUUAGCAGACCCAGAACACAGUGGAGGGAUUACAUAUCUCAUCUGACCUGGGAACCCCUUGGUGUCCCCCAGUUGGAACUGGAAAGUGUCACUGAGGAGAGGGACAUCAGGGGUGCUUUGGAUAAGCGAUUGAAAAUGGAACAGAACAUUUCCAGCUCUCGUUGCAAAAUCGGCAUAUCAAUGUGGCCUCUUUCCCCCAGCCACGACCGUGUCUGCACUCUCCCCCUCCUCUUCGUUUGACUUUUUUUUACACACGUAAAUGCCGCCACAGCAAGGGCACGAUUCAUGUUUGUUUGCAUUUUUCUCUUGCCACUACAGCAGCCUAGAUGGAUGAUGCAAGCUGAUGAGGUUUUGUUCUUGCAUAAUAACGAUGAUGGACAUUGUAGUUUAUUAGAUCCAUGUCGCACCAUGUAGCUUGUGCUAAACUUACAAGAUAGCUAAAAUCUCACAGUCUGGAGGAGGCUUAAGUAACAAGUUUGUUUUGGUCUCACUCCCUCUUGACUUUAGCUCUUUGUUUACUUUCCUCUCUUUCAUUUCUCUUCUUGUGCACUGAACUGCCAAUCAGAGGGAUUUAAUUUACUGACAGGCUCUGUCAUUACAGAUUCAGCAUGCUGAAAAAAGCAGACAAGGGCCAACGAGGCCAGACACACCACAAAGACUAGGGCGACAGAGGUUCACUGAUGGCCCAACAUUCACCAAUGGCUGACCAUCAGCUUGGUGUGUCAAAGCCUUUACACGCACUUGAGUUGGUACCAGGAAAGUUUGGAGGUUCAUACCCAGCCCUAUCCGACAAAUCUUCAAGGAGUCCUCUAGUUAAACUUGUGUAUUUGAUGUACAGUAUGAGAGUCAGAGUGUGUGUGUGUGUGUGUGUGUGUGUGUGUGUGUCCUGGCCUUUGACUCGCUGCUGAUGCUUGUAACUCUGUUUUGCAGUUAUUUGUCUCUUCUUCUUUCAUUUACUCUGAAUAUAUCAUUACUGUAGUCCAGCCAGUGGAGACCUGUAGUUAGUUUUGGCCUUAACAUUGAUUUAGAGCUUGUCAUUUAUUGACUUGUUUAAUAUAUUUUAUGAUAAGCACCCAGUGUUAGAUGUCUCUGAUCUGUUAUGUUAAUCAAAGAUGUCUUAAUUCAGUAGUGUUGCACCCACGUGCAGAAUGCUGACUUGGUACUUUUUUUUUUCUUUUUUUUUUUAAAUCACCUAUUUCUUAUUAUUUUACAGUAUUUGUGAUUCACUAUAUGAUUAAAACGAUAUCAGCCACA